UAUCUGCCAGGAUGUUCAAAAAUGAAUAUCAGGGUGGCCCAUUUGUUGAAAUCUUCAGUGCUCAAGGCAAGAAUCCAGGAACAAAAUGGAAGGUUUUUGGCAGUCCAUCGGUAAUUGGGAAAGAGUUCGAUAAGGAAGUGAAAGGCUUUGUCUUUGUUCUGGAAGGAAGUAGCCAAACCAACAAGAUGCAACUUCCCAAGGAAACGAGGCAAACUCUUGGACUGAUCCAGCAAUUUCUAGUACUUCAGAUCUAUGUACCAUUGGGAAAAGAUUUCUCCACUGAAUUGCUGAUAACUGAUUUAAGAAACAUUAAAAGAAGAUUGUAUUUAUCAACGAUCCACAAGGAAUUGUCUGUAACCCCUCUACAUGCAAAAAUCCCUCUCUUUAUGAUCAAGCGCAAAAUUUGGUGUAAUCUGUGCCUCGACUUGGUAGCUUUCACCAGUGAGAUAUUCAAAGGAGCUGUUUUCCAGUCCUUGGAUGGCAUUAUUGUUUCUGCUAACUGUAAACUGCGAAAGAUCUUCACAUUGAAGUCAAAGCCCCUGGACACAGCUGACGAAGAUGCUGAUGGGCAAACAGAUACUAUUCCUCGAGCCUGUCAGUUAAAUUCAGAUGUGCCACAAGUCACACAGCUGCUGAAUAUGAACAAGCUGCGCCCAGCAGAACAAAAAUCUGGAAAUCGUCCCUUAACCUCACCCGAAUUAGUAGACCAUCUAAUGAACAGAGGAUCAGCCACUACUCGAAACAACAAAAAUCAAGAUGUAUCCCACAUUGCAUUUGGAUCUAAGGUCCUUGGACCACCUCCACCUUUAGGUCGAAGAUUCAGCACAAGAGCAUCUGAGGAGGUAACAAAAUCUGCAAGCAUCAAAACUAACAGAUCAUGCCAAAUGCCAACUUUGGAAAAAACAAAGGAGCCAGUUCAAGACACUGGCAGGUCCAAACAAUCCCCCUCACCACUUGAUACGUCUUUAGAUCCAGGAAACAAAGAAAAUAUCCAUCACAUGAGUCGGACGUCACUGGACAAGGAUGAAUGGAUAUUUCCUGACAAGGAAAGUUCACAACUGGAGGCUAGCAAUCCAACACUAAUGGCUUGUGAAACGUCUUAUGGGUUUUUAACUUCAGCACCGAGUGAUGACCAAGCAUGUGAAAAUGAGCAAGCAGUCAAAGACCAGCAUGAGGAUAUUUUCACUUAUUCCUCAAAACCUAGGUCAGCACCUCAUGGGAAGCCCUUGAACCUUUCAUCGGAAGACUGUAGCUUUUCUGUAGAUUUAAAAGAAGAGAUCAGCGGGGUCUGGCGAGGAGCUCAAAUGGAAGAUGAUUUCUAUGGAAACGAGAGCAAUGAAGAUGAUAGCUACACUGAACUUACUCAAGAGGCUCAGAACCUCCACACCAGCUGCUUUAUGUCAGGAUCAUCUGAACCCAUUAUUUCCAAACAGAUUCCCCUCAAAGUGACAUGUAGGAGUCCUGAAAACUGGGCAAACAAAGGGUAUGCAAACCAUGCCAGUGAGGAAGCAUUAUCGCCAAGUGCAGAAGAUUCGUUUGUGAUGGCGGGAAAGGCAGAUAACAUUCAAAGAAGCUUCUUACCAACUUCCUGCUUGUCUCCAACAGGAAGCAUACUUGAGCCCUGCAAAGAAACAUCAAGUAUAUCAACUUCCAUAAGUAGAAAAUCCCUGAAAGAGAUCCCACGGGAGAAUUCUAAUCUGAUAGUCCAAAUUCCUGAAUAUGACUGGAGAAAUUACCAACCAGGCAACAUGAGUGCUUCUGAACUUCAAAUGCUGGCUAGUAUGAAAAGGCAACAAAACAAAGAGCUGGAAGAUAAUGGACCUUCACAUGGGCUAAGUGCAUCGCAGAUUGACAACUGUAACAUCAGCAUCAGCACAAGCAGUGACGACACAACAACCUGGAAUUCAUGUCUCCCAGCGCCUGUCAAUCAAGGGUGUCACUAUCAGAAAGAAAUGAACCCUCUUUCCCAUUCCAACCCACGGGACUGGUUGAACGUGUUCAGCCCUCCUAUAAUUUCUCCAAGUCAGCAACGGGCAGAACAUGCUGAAACCACAGCAAACUUCAGCACUCAAGGUGAUGAUGACUUCAGAGCUGAAGAAGAUGAAGUUCUCACUCUCUUGUACGACCCAUGCCUAAACUGUUAUUUUGAUCCUGAAACUGGGAAAUACUAUGAGUUGGCAUAGCUGUUGGCAAGGAGUGUAACCCCUGUUCAGAACUGUUCCGGGACCCGGGACCCGUGUCUUUGCAAAAUGCUGAUUUAAAACCAACUUUUUGUUUGCACUCUCUGUUCCAAAAGUCUGUAGUGUGUGCAGAAAAAUCAAAAUGCUUGAAA